AUGCCCCCCAAAAAAUUAUCGCUAUACAAACGUACCAAAAAAGCGUUGUCUUCGCAAUCUCAAAGAGCAAAUGAAACUUCGGGAGAACGAGAAGCUCGCCUCAGAACUGAAGCGAGUAGAGCUUCAACGUCUAGAGCAGCUGCGGCUUUUGAACAAUACAGCGAACGUAUUGAAAGGGAAAGAUCGCGAUCAUCAAUAGAGCGAGCUGUCGAAUCAGAACGCGAAGAACGACUUCAAAGUCAGCGACAACGAUCCACAAUAUCACGAGCUAACGAAACGCCGUCAGAACGAGAACUACGCAUAGAAAAUAUGCGGCAGCAUGCCACAACAUCACGAGCUAACAAAACACCGCCAGAACGAGAACUACACAUAGAAAAUAUGCGGCAUCAUGCCACUACAUCACGAGCUAACGAAACGCCAUCAGAAAGGGAAGGGCGCCUUCAAGGUCUGCGUCACCAUGCCACAACAUUGAGAGCAAAUGAAACAUCAGAACAACGAGAAGCACGCAUGGAAGCCCAGCGUAUUCAAACAUCAUCAAGAAGAGCAGCAGAGAGGUCAGAGCAACAAGACUUGCGUCGUGAACAAAAUCGCAAUCGAAUGGCGGUUAAUCGUCGGAAUACUUCUGAUGCUUACGCACGUAUUGCAUUUAAUUACAGAACAGAUAUGGACUAUGCUAAUGAUAUAUUAGUGGCAAUUGGUCCCAUGAAUGUAGUUUGCCAAUAUUGUAAUGCACACAGGUACAAAAAUGAAGCUCCUGGAAUGUGUUGUUCAAACGGUAAAAUUGUUUUGCCAGAUAUGCUUCCACCACCAGAACCUUUAAAGUCACUGAUUUCAGGAACUAGCGAGGAUUCUCGAAAUUUUCUUAGUAACAUAAGAAAAUAUAAUUCGUGUUUUCAAAUGACAUCAUUCGGAGCUACUAAAGUAGUUCGAGAUAAUUACAUGCCAACAUUUCGUGUGCAAGGACAAAUAUAUCAUCUAAUGGGAUCAAUUUUGCCAAUUCCAAAUGAAGAGCCCAAGUUUCUUCAAAUUUAUUUCAUGGGACAGGCAGAUGAUAAUGUUCAGGUACAACAACGGCAGCAUUAUAACCCUGGAACAAAGCAACGUAUUGUAGCUGAAUUACAGGUAAUGUUUCAUGAAAACAACGAAUUAAUAAGGACCUUUAAGCAAGCCAAAGAUGACCCGCGAUUAUGUACAGAUGACCACGUCAUAGCGAUUCAUGCUGAUAAAACUCCAGCUGGACAACACCAAGGACGUUACAAUGCACCCACAAUGGACGAUGUGGCAAUUCUAAUGGUUGGUGAUCCAAUAGCACCACGUGAUAUUAUUAUUCGUAGACGUGACGAUCGAACAAACAGGAUAGCUGAAACUCAUCGUUCAUAUGAAGCACUUCAGUAUCCAAUUAUAUUGCCAUAUGGGGAAGAUGGAUAUCAUUUUGAGUUACGGCAAAUUAAUCCAGCAACAAAUGUAACAACAAGGAAAAAAGUGAGUGCAAUGGAUUUCUAUGCAUAUCGCAUAAUGAUACGCCAAAAUGUGAAUCACGUUCUAAAUUGCCGGGAAUUAUUUCACCAAUACAUUGUAGAUAUGUACGCGAAAAUUGAAACGGAGCGAUUAUUAUACAUACGCCGUAAUCAAGCUAAAUUACGAGUGGAUAAUUAUAUUCAUCUUAGGGAUGCAUUAAAUAAUCAAAAUGAUAUAAAUCCCAAUGAACUUGGCCAAGCCAUAAUUCUACCAGCAACUUUCACAGGCAGCCCACGUCAUAUGCAGGAAUAUUGUCAAGAUGCAAUGACGUAUGUUCGAUCAUAUGGACGCCCAGAUCUGUUUAUUACAUUUACAUGUAAUCCCAAGUGGAAUGAAAUUAUUUCUGAAUUGUCCAAUGGCCAAAAAUCAGCACAUCGACAUGACAUAACAGCACGAGUGUUUAAACAAAAAUUAAAAUCUCUUAUGGAUUUCAUUGUAAAAUGUCAUGUAUUUGGAGAAACACGGUGCUGGAUGUAUUCUGUCGAAUGGCAGAAACGUGGAUUGCCACACGCUCAUAUUUUGAUUUGGUUGGUUGAAAAAAUUACACCUAAUCUUAUUGAUAAUAUAAUUUCUGCAGAGAUACCCGAUCCAAACAUUGAUCCAGAUUUGCACGAAAUUGUAAUUAAAAAUAUGAUUCAUGGUCCAUGUGGAAUCAUUAAUACACAUUCUCCAUGCAUGGUUGAUGGAAAAUGCACAAAGAAAUAUCCACGUCAAUUGCUUCCACAAACAAUCUCGGGAAAUGAUGGAUACCCACUUUAUCGCCGACGUUCUGUGGAUGAUGGUGGCCAAACAAUUUCAGUAAAGAUAAAUGAAAAUGAUGUUGAUGUUGAUAAUCGCUGGAUAGUGCCUUACUGUCCAUUGCUUUCAAAAACCUUUAAAGCGCAUAUAAAUGUGGAGUAUUGUCAUUCUGUAAAGUCUAUCAAAUACAUCUGCAAAUAUGUAACUAAAGGGUCGGAUAUGGCUAUUUUUUCGUUGCAAAAUCCAAACGAUGAAAUUACUCAGUAUCAGAUGGCCAGGUACAUUAGUAGCAAUGAAGCAGUUUGGCGAAUUUUAGGAUUUCCUAUUCAUGAACGGCAUCCCACAGUUGUUCAUUUAUCAGUACAUCUUGAAAAUGGACAACGAGUUUAUUUUACAGAAGGAAAUGCGCGAGAGAGAGCAACAGAACCACCGGCUACAACACUAACUUCAUUUUUUGAUCUUUGCAGAAUGGAUUUAUUUGCUAAAACAUUGCUGUAUUCAGAAAUUCCAACGUACUAUACGUGGAAUGCAUCAACAAGGAAGUUCCAACGUCGUAAGCAAGGGAAACCUGUUGCAGGAUGGCCAAAUUUAUAUUCAACAGAUGCAUUAGGUAGGGUGUAUACUGUCCAUCCCCAAAAUUCAGAAUGUUUUUAUUUAAGACUGCUUUUAAUUAAUGUUCCAGGACCAACAUCUUUUGAGAACUUGCGUACUGUUGAUGGCGAAAUAUGUGCAACGUAUCGAGAGGCAUGCCAAAAACUACAAUUAUUGGAGAACGAUAGUCAUUGGGAAACCACGCUUGCAGAUGCAGCGGCAAUCAACCAUCCUUCGAAAAUAAGAACGUUAUUUGCAAUAAUAUUGGUGUCUUGCUCACCAGCCAAUCCAAAAGAACUAUGGAAUAAAUUCAAAACAUAUAUGGCUGAAGAUAUAUUACACCGGGAGAGAGUUACCACAAACAACGCUACAAUUGAACUCAACGAAAGAAUGUAUAAUGAGGCAUUAAUUUUACUGGAAGACAAAUGUUUGGAGAUAAAGAAUGUCGCACUCAUUGACGUUGGAAUGAUUUCCCCGAUUCGGUCAAGAACUGAUGCACAACAAGAGCAGAGAAUAGCAUACAAUACUACAAUGGCAGCAAUAUCAAACAAACAUGGAGGACUGUAUUUUAUUGAUGCACCCGGAGGAACUGGAAAAACUUUUUUGAUUUCAUUAAUUUUGGCAAAAGUUCGAUCGCAAAAACAUAUUGCAUUAGCUAUUGCAUCAUCUGGCAUUGCAGCAACACUCUUAGAUGGUGGCAGAACAGCACAUUCUGCACUCAAAUUACCAUUGAAGCCUCAAUUUUACGAAGAUUACACAUGCAACAUAAAGAAAAAUUCUUCUAUGGGUAAAGUACUGCAACAAUGUGAAAUCAUAGUAUGGGAUGAAUGCACCAUGGCGCACAAAAAAUCUUUGGAAGCCCUUGAUCGCACUUUACAGGACUUAAGAAGUAAUAACAAAAUAUUUGGAGGUGCAUUAGUUCUAUUAGCUGGCGAUUUUCGUCAAACGCUUCCGGUAAUACCGGGAUCAACGCCAGCUGAUGAGCUAAAUGCAUGUCUAAAAUCAUCAUACCUUUGGAAACAUGUUCACACACUAAAAUUGACGACUAAUAUGCGUGUUCAGUUGCAACGUGAUGCUUCAGCUUCAACUUUUUCCAAACAAUUACUGGAUUUAGGGAACGGAUGUCUGGAGUUAAUGCAGGAGUUAAUAAAUUUCGUUUUCCCCAAUAUCGGACAAAAUUUUAAAAACAAGCAAUGGUUAUGUGAACGCGCGUUACUGGCAGCCAAAAAUAUAGACGUUAACUCCAUCAACAGCAACAUUCUGAAUACCAUCGAUGUAGAAUUUUUAAAUUCGUUAGAUUUGCUGGGCUUUCCACCACAUGACUUGCAGUUGAAAAUUGGUGCUCCUAUUAUUUUACUAAGAAACAUUGAUCCACCACGACUUUGUAAUGGCACUCGACUUAUAGUAAAGAAAUUAAUGAACAAUCUAAUCGAGGCGACCAUUAUAACUGGAAAGUACAAUGGAUCAGAUGUAUUGCUGCCACGUAUUCCGAUGAUAACUUCGGAAAUGCCAUUUGAUUUUAAGCGAUUGCAGUUUCCUAUUCGCCUAGCAUUUGCAAUGACAAUUAAUAAAGCUCAAGGUCAGUCUUUGCAAGGUAUGACCUGUUCCGAAAUGUGUACCUAA